AUGGAGCUUCCACCAAUACCGGGACCCAAGUUGGGCCCUUUUCAGUCACCGAAUGGCAAUGCUGGCCGGCUGGAAAUCGAAUUUCUCAACGAGCUUGGCACGGGCGCCCAUUCGAUAGUCUGGAAAGUAAAGAUUGAUGGUACGCUAUUUGCGUUGAAGCUGUUCAAACGGGGGAAGUACUACAAUCAUUUGGACUGGUACGAACGACCCCACGAUGAAGACAUGGAAAAGCUUAAUCUUGAUCACGACAAACUCAAUUUCCAAUGCCUCCCGUUCUUCAGCGAAUGCCGCGCCUAUGGUCGAUUAAAAGAAACCAAGAACGAACACCUGGCGGCCAAGUGCUACGGAUAUCUUGUACUCGAUAGAUCCUAUUCAAAACGAAUACGGAACGCUGGCAUAACGAAAAGGGAUCUUAUAGAAUGGCAGUUCUGGGCGCAGUGGGAGGAUGACCACGAUGAACAUCUUCCACUGCCCGACGAUAAGGAUGAAAAAUCUCUUCGCGAUUGGUUCAACAACGUUAUGGAGAGCGACGAACCUCCAUUACCGACUCCAUAUCCGGUCAAGGCAAUAGUGAAGGAACUUGUGGAGAAAAAGACCACAUUUCUCCCUGAGCACGUUUCACGUAUGAUGCGGGAUCUGCAACAGCUUCAUCGACUGGGGAUAAUACAUGGUGACAUCAAGGAAGAUGCUUACGUCAACGGUCUCAUAGUCGACUUCAGCUCCGCUAGGACUGUACCUCAUUUUCUACUCGACAAGAAGACAGUGUUCCGGAGCAUUGAAUGGGUGAAAAGUUACACUAGAUCCGACUAUUCCUGCUUCGAUGAACAGCUGGAAGAAUAUGAUAUGAUACCCGGUAGGCCAAAAAUCUGCACCCGUAUGCUCCAGGGCAAAGUGCGGUACAAUCUUCGAGAUAGGCCAGACAGCGAAGAAAUGAAGCUUCGAUGCAUAAAGUUCUAUGCUGAUCGAUAUCGGUGGAAGCCUGCACGUGGGGACAUUAUGGGCCUGCGUCAAAUCCAAGACUGGUCUGCAGCAUGGAUUCGAGGCCUCGUUGAUGAGGGUGAAUGGGAGGACAGCGAGGAAGAACCCGAAGAGGAUGACUGGUAUGGCGGAAGAGAAUGGAUGACUAGGACAGAGCUGCUAUACAAGCCAUCUUUUUGGCGACAGUUUGAUGGUUAG